ACUCGCGGCUCGUUUGUCCGAAGCCCACGCGGGCGCCCGGAGCCGAGCGGCCCCGCCCCGGUUUCCAUAGAAACAGGCACCAGGUGUCUCCAUAGCAACCUUCCCAAAGAUUUCCCACCCUAUCGCUGCCCGCCAUCAGCUGCGCAUGCUCGCCUGAUGACAUCACCACACAGCGCCGCUUGAAGUACUCCCCCUGCCAGCGCCGGAAGUGAGCGGCGCGGCGCCGGAAGUGGCCGGGAGAGGCUGCCUCGUGGAGGAGACGGCAACAUGGGGCAGUCGGGGCGGUCCCGGCACCAGAAGCGCGCGCGCGCCCAGGCGCAGCUCCGCAAUCUCGAGGCCUACGCCGCGCAGCCGCACUCGUUCGUGUUCGCCCGGGGCCGCGCGGGUCGCGGCGUCCGGCAGCUCAGCCUGGACCUGCGGCGCGUCAUGGAACCGCUCACCGCCACCCGCUUGCAGGUCCGGAAGAAAAACUCUCUGAAGGAUUGCGUGGCAGUGGCUGGGCCCCUUGGGGUCACACACUUCCUGAUCUUAAGCAAAACAGAGACCAAUAUCUACUUUAAGCUGAUGCGCCUCCCAGGAGGCCCCACCUUGACCUUCAGGAUCAACAAGUACACACUGGUGCGUGACGUGGUCUCCUCACUGCGCCGGCACCGCAUGCACGAGCAGCAGUUCACGCACGCGCCCCUCCUGGUGCUCAACAGCUUUGGUCCCCACGGCAUGCACGUGAAACUCAUGGCCACCAUGUUCCAGAACCUGUUCCCCUCCAUCAACGUGCACAAGGUGAACCUGAACACCAUCAAGCGCUGCCUUCUCAUCAACUACAACCCCGACUCUCAAGAGCUGGAUUUCCGCCACUACAGCAUCAAAGUCGUUCCUGUGGGCGCAAGUCGUGGGAUGAAGAAGCUUCUCCAGGAGAAGUUCCCCAACAUGAGCCGCCUGCAGGACAUCAGCGAGCUGCUGGCCACGGGCGCGGGGCUGUCAGAGAGUGAGGCGGAGCCAGAUGGUGAGCACAAUAUUACAGAGCUGCCACAGGCCGUCGCGGGGCGCGGCAACAUGCGGGCCCAGCAGAGCGCCGUGCGGCUUACGGAGAUCGGGCCUCGGAUGACGCUGCAGCUCAUCAAGAUCCAGGAGGGUGUCGGGGAGGGGAACGUGCUGUUCCACAGUUUCGUGCACAAGACCGAGGAGGAGCUACAGGCCAUCCUGGCAGCCAAGGAGGAGAAGCUGCGGCUCAAGGCCCAGCGGCAGGAUCAGCAGGCCCGGAACGUCCAGCGCAAGCGGGAACAGCGAGAGGCCCACAGGAAGAAGAGCCUGGCGGGCAUCAAGCGGUCACGCGCCGAUGGGGACAGUGAUGCGGAGGACCCCGGGGCCCCCCCCGAAGAAGAGGGGGCCGGCCAGCGGGAGGAGGAGGAGGAGGAUGAAGCCGAGUACUUUCGCCAGGCAGUGGGCGAGGAGCCUGAUGAGGACAUGUUCCCGACGGCAGCCAAGCGGAGACGGCCCGCUGGACACCCAGGCAAAAAGCAGCAGGGAAAACAGCGGAGGCUGGACCGAGGUGCCACACCCUGCCCAGCCAACUUCUCGGUGGUGGCCGCCCGCACCCUCAACCGCUUCCAGGAGGGCUUUCUGUGGCCCCUCCUAGUGGCUGAGUUCCUGGUGGCUGUGGCCGGCAACAUCCUGGCCCUCUACCGCUUUGGCACCCGGGAGCAGCGCCCGUGGCACCCGGCCGUGGUCUUCUCGGCCCAGCUGGCCGUCAGCGACCUGCUCUACGCGCUGACGCUGCCCCCGCUGGCCGCCUACUUCUACCCGCCCAAACACUGGCGCUACGGGGAGGCCGCCUGCCGCCUGGAGCGCUUCUUCUUCAUCUGCAACCUGCUGGGGAGCGUCAUCUUCGUCACCUGCAUCAGCAUCAACCGCUACAUGGGCAUCGUGCACCCCUUCUUCACCCGCAGCCACCUGCGGCCCAAGCACGCGUGGGCCAUCAGCGCGGCCGGCUGGGUGCUGGCGGCCCUGCUGGCCGCCCCCACGCUCAGCUUCUCGCACCUCAAGAAGCCCCAGCAGGAAGGCAAGUGCACGGUGGAGCAGCCCGGGGCCUGCAUCAAGUGCCUGGGGACGGCGGACGACAGCCAGCUCGAGGCCUACAGGAUCUACAGCCUGGCGAUGGCGGCCCUGGGCGGCGCCCUGCCGCUGCUGCUCACGCUGGGGGCCUACGGAGCCCUCGGGCGCGCCGUGCUGCGCAGCCCGGGCAUGACGGUGGCCGAGAAGCUGCGCGUGGCCAUGCUGGUGGCCAGCGGUGUGGCGCUCUACGCCAGCUCCUAUGUGCCCUACCAUGUCACGCGGGUGCUCAACGUGUACGCCCGGCAGCGCUGGGUAGCCAGCUGCCCGGGCUUCACAGACGCGGCCCAGGCUGAGCAGGCGCUGGAUCUGGGGGCCUACGUGGGCUACCAGGUCAUGCGGGGCCUCAUGCCCCUGGCCAUCUGCAUCCACCCGCUGCUCUACAUGGCCGUGGCGCCCAGCUUGGGCUGCCACCACCAAGGCUGCCUCGGCUGCAGGGGCGGCCAGACCCCAGAGGACGCUGAGAGCUCGAGCCAAGGCCUGGCCCUCAAGGAAACAGCCACCCCCAAAACCUCGGGGCCCCAGUUCCCUGAGCCAUGACCUGGCCUUUCUUGAGCCUCCGCCUCACCACAAGGCGCGGGGACAUGGCACAACAGGGGCUGAGGGAACAGCAGACCCCUGGCCAUCACUUCCUCCCACAAAGAAAGGCCUGCGGUGGGACCAGCAAGUACCCAGGCCGGAGGGGCAGAAGUUUGUGCCCAAGCAGACCAGGCGGGGGAGGGGGAGGGCUGGCCCACCCGCCACAGGGCGAGUGACAUCCGCAAAUAAAUGGGACAGCAUAGGG